ACCGCGCGGGUCAGCUAGCGGCUAGCUGCUAGGCAAACGUUGGCGCACACAGGCGCGAGCAAUGUUUAUUUGACCACUGUUAUUCAAAAAUCUUGAAAAUGAGUUCUUCAGACGAAACGUGUAAAGGCACAAAACGACCCGCAUCUCCAGAUAACACAGGAGACAUACAAUGGGGAUCAGCAAAUUUAGGGACGGACGAAAGGAAGCAGAAGUUUUUGAGGCUGAUGGGAGCAGGAAAGAAAGAGCACACUGGACGUCUUGUUAUUGGGGAUCACAAGUCAACGUCCCAUUUCCGCAGCGGGGCAGAGGAUCGGAAGAUUAAUGCUGAGCUCGAGCACCAGUAUCAGCAGGGUCUGGAUGGGAAGUUAUCGGGGAGGAACAGGAGACACUGUGGCCUGGGGUUUAGUGAGCCCGACCCGCCUGCCGAGAGAGCGAGCGCCGCUGUGCCCGAGAAGUCCGAGAGUUCAGAAAAGGCCCCUGAACAACCAUCAGAACCACACGAGGACGAGGAAACGCCUUCAUCCAACACAGAGCUCAAGAAACAGGAACAGCACACAGACUCAAAGGAGGACAAGAAAAAGACUUUAAACAUGGCAUUUGUAAAAUCCACAUAAAUGGCGUUGUCAUUUCUUGAUCUCCUAAAAUGUUCCAGUAAGGUCCUGAGAGUGAGAGCACAUUUUGCAUUUCUGUUAAAAUUGGAAAAUUGUGGUUUUCGAUUUUAAAUGUAAUUAUGUCUGUUGUCAGGUUAUUUGGACUUGCCUGGUCUUGUUGAGAACGGUUUCUUCUCUACAGAUUAAAGGCAUAGUUCAUACAAGACGUCACACUCCGGUCUCAGUCUACAGUACUCAGUCCUUAUGAUUUCAAAUAAAUAUGAGGGUGAGCAGAUGACAGUUUUCACUGAACUACUGAAGAAUUAUCAAGAAACUGAGGUACAGUAAUUUGCAGACAGUGUCACUUAUGUGUGUGAAAAUAUAAAUAAAGAGUCAAGAUUAUAAAACGAAAAA